UCGUGGAGCUGGAGGUGGUGGAGGAGGAGGAGGCGGUGGAGCAUCACAUGACAGCAUUGACAAGGAUCUCAAAGGCCUCCUCGACGAAGCAUCUCGAGAACGUCAAAAAGAUCACCAACAAGAACGAGAUUCCAAGAUGAAAGAUGGAAAAAGCACAAAAUCCAAAUCACCAUGGAAGUCGUCCUACACUGGGUCCAUGAAGCAACCAUAUGCAGGAAGCAACUAUGGAUAUUCUGCAUAUAGUGCUCCUAUGUACCCACCAAUGAUGGCCCAAAACCCAUACGCUGCUAUGAUACCUAACCCAUAUGGCUCCAUGACACCAAAUCAACAGGUUCCUAUGGCAUUCAACCCUUAUUAUAACAGUCAAGUACAACGGGAUGCCCCUGGGACACCAGGGCAAGUCUUGCCAGUUGAUUUUCUAAAGAACCUCAUAGCUGCUCAUGCUGCAGCUAAGAAAGCUAAAGAAGCAGCGAAAACUAAAACCAAGUUCGCACCACCUUCGCCUGAACAAGUUUCUGCUUUAAUCAAUGCGUUUAAUCAGUUUGUGGCCAAUCGUAAAGCUACUGAAUUAGCAAGCAAGGCGGAAGUAGCGCCUACCAAAGCUGAUGGGACGCCGACGUAUACUUUGGAGGAGGUGUCCGAGCUUAUUGACAAGUUACGAGACAUUAUUACCAUUCAUAAAGAAGCUGAAGAAAAGACUAAAACAUCAGGGGUGAAGGAAAAAGAUACCUUUACGGAGAACGGUAAUGACGAUGUGAAGCAAAGUGGUUCUGUCAAGAGAGAUCUGUCUGAUGUCAAGUCAAAAGAUGCUGUUGCCUCAGCAGCACCAAUGACUACACCAAAACCCAAGAAGCCUAACCCUGCUUGGCCACUAAUCGAGAAACAACUGAAGGCCUUGGGUAUUCCAAUAGCAGCUCCAGGGACGACACCAAGCCCUGAAGACUUGAUGAAACUAAAAACCAAGUUCAUAAAAUCUCUUGGCCCUGACGCUCCUUUCUGGACAAGUUUCAUCAAACCAAAAACCUCUGCACCAGUCUCUCGCGAUUCAACCACGAAGCCAGAUCCCUCGGCCGAGUUUUUGAAGAAGUACUCAUCGACAGCAAGUGAUCCUGGGAUGGUAGCAGGGUAUCCUCCGCCCUGGGGUGCUAUAUCGAAGCAGUUGUCUUCUUUCGGUAUUCCAAUCAGCCCUGCAGCAUCUAUAACCCCUAGUGAAUGGAUGAAUAUGAAGUCAUCUUUCAUGAUGCCACCAGCGACUACCAGCAAAGCAGGAGCGCCAUUUUGGACUGCAUUCAUGAAGUCUAAGUUCCCUGGUGCUGGGACUUCAAUGUCAGAUCCUCCAGAUUACGGCUCUAGUGGAGGCUCUCCUUUCUGGGCGUCGUAUAUCCCAUCCAAGACCGGUUUCGCUCCCCUAAAAAACGCGUUCAUCCCACCACAAGUGUCCUCCUUUAUUCCACCAAAAGGAGCCUUCAUUCCACCAGCAGCGUCUGCGUUUAUUCCAAAGGGAUUCGUCGGGGGAUCUACACCUUGGAGUCCCUUCAUGGCUGACCCUCCAGCAGGUACAACAACGGGCGCUGUUCCGCCAUUCUGGGCAGCCUUCAUGACAUCAAAGGCAGCUUUUAUCCCUCCAAAACCUGCCUUCUUUCCACCGCCAGGUGCAGCUACCCCACCUAAUCCAUGGGCGGAGUAUUUGAAGUCCAUGAGGAAAACGAGUUCAUCUAGUGGUACCAAAACAUCAUCUAGUCCUGCCAUUCCAUUCUGGGCCGCUCUCUUGAAACCUCAAGCACYCCCACCCCCACCAACACCGAAACCAAAUCCUUGGGCAGAGUAUUUUAAGUCUCUUUUUAACUCCACCGGCCAAACAAGUGGAUCUGCGUCGAGCAACAUGGUGCCAUUCUGGGCAGCGUUUGUGAAGCCAAAACCUCCCAAACCAGUCAAACCAAAUCCAUGGGCUGCGAUCAUGAACGGCUACAUGGCCAAACCCAGUACGACAAACCCCGUCGCUGUAAACCCAUGGUUGGAGUUUAUGAAAGCCAUGUCUAAGGAAUCCAAGCAAGGAACGGGUCCGACGUCGCCUGAGGAAGGUCAGGUCCCCAACAAAGGCUCAUCAACAGAAACUAGUCUGCCUCCUUCUGAAAUGACUGACCUUUGGGCAGAAUUCAUUAAGAGCUACACCAGCACUGCAGGAGCUGCAAGCGGAACAAAUCCAUCAGCAGACGCUCCUGCUAUGUUUGCCAAGCCUGGAGGAGUACCGAUGAUGACACCGAGUGCAUGGUUGGACCUUAAGCAAAAGUACAUGACCUCUGCUGUCCCAGGAGGUGCAGCAAACCCUGUUGGACCAUUGUCGGGUCCAGCGGAUUGGUUAAACGUCAAAGAUGCCAUGGUGAAGUCAUUUAGUGUUCCUAGUCCCUAUGGGUUUUAUAUUCCUGCAUCGGGUCUAAAGACUCAAAGUCAGGCUAGAUGAUUUGACAGGAUGAUAGACGCUUUGAAUUUAGUUUAGUCUAUUUUUGUAAUUGUGUUUUUUCUGGCAACAGACUUGACGAGCAAAACGCUGCAGAAUAGGAAGAGUUUCACAGAUACUUAACAAAUUAUUUCACUUUUUAUGUCCCGAGAAAAUAGACAUUUUUAAAAAUAAUAAACCAACUAUCAAUUAUAUGUACUGAUACGGUAUAGAGACAGAUAAGUUAUAAAAUAUGUUUAUAGGUUGAAGAUCGUUGCCCAAGCUGUCAAAAUCCUCUGAGGUCCAAAAACAUGGACGCUAGGUUUUUYCCCGUCUGUGAUGUUUAACAAACGUUAUCAUUUUUAUACGCGAUUUCUUUUAAGUGAUUUCAAUUCAGAAAUAGCAUAGGAAAGAAAUAAYGAUUCCACCGAGCUCUUCUUACCGCCUUCUUACGUCCUUGUGUUGUUCAAAUUUUGGAGUUUCAGCGCCUGUUUGGGGUCAGCUCCUAAUUCAAGGAAGACGUUUAUCGAGAAAAUACGGUUAAUUGCCUUCUAUCYAGUUUCAAAUUAUUGUCAUCAAUGAGUCAAAAAUCUUUUUUAGUAUGCCCAGAUUUUUUCAUAUCAUUCGUCUUACCUCUGAGUUUAAGUUCUAUUUUUAUGCACUUUAUGAAGCCCAAACAAAAACUCACUGAAACACUGAUUGUUAUAUGGACUGAAUUGCGGCCGAAAUUGAAAGGCAGGCCAGUUUGCCGUACACGGCGCGCCACAAGUUCGCUGUCCUGUGUUCCUUCAAAUUCUCACGACAAACUGUAGUAAGAGCAGAUAAUUCUAACGUUAUCGAUUUUAUUAUUAUAACAUGAUUUUAAUCUAAACUGAUAAUAAAGUGAUUAUAUUGAGAAUUGCUUGA